AUGGGUUCGAGCGCGCUAAAGAACUUUUCGCUGGCGCUCUCAGGCAGCAUCUCCAGUCUCCCUCUCCUACCCUGCGACCCCGACCACACUCCUGAGCAGUUGAUUAAUGCUGCGAAGCGACGCGAGAGGCACGAUGGACGCUCCUUCGAGGAAAUGCGCGCGAUGUGCUUGCAGACGCGCUCGCUCGCCGCGGCGGCGGGUUCCGCGUUUGUCUCUGUCGGCAAGACCAAGCUGAACUGCGCCGUCUACGGCCCGCGCCCGACGAGGAAGCCGGCGUCGCAGGACCGCGGCUAUCUGAACCUGGAGUUCAACUACGCGCCGUUCUCUUCAAGCGCCAACGAGCCUUCCUCUGAGCGCGACAACUCGCAUUUGGCGACCCUUCUGCACCAGUCGCUGAACGCUGUGGUGCGUCUCGAGAAGUACCCCAAGUCCACGAUUGACGUCUGCGUCAUGGUUCUGGAAGACGACGGAGGGGUGCUCGCAGCGGCGCUCACAUGUAUCGGCUUAGCCCUGUCGGAUGCAGGAAUCGAAAUGCUGGACAUCGUCACAGGAGCGGCAGGCUGCGCCGUGAGUCUCGAGCAGCCUCAGGGGCCGCUGCGCGUCGCCCUUCUGCUUGAUCCCGAUGCGGAUGAGGUGAAGGCGCUCGCGAACAAGGACUUCACUCUCGUCGAGAUCGGCUACUGUCCUGCGCUUUCUUCUGUUUGUUUCCUCCACGCCACGGGGCCUCUCAUCUCCUCCGACAGCGGCGAGCAGCUGCUCGGUUUGUGUGAGGCGGCGUGCAACGCGGUGGCAGAUGAAGUGCGAGCUUGCCUGAGGCGAUCGUUUUGUCAACGCGAAGAAGAGAAGGCCGCCGAAUCUGCUUCCCACACCUCUGACAACGUCGCUGUCGCUCCAGUUUCCUAG